AUGGCUGAGGAGGAGGUCGCUGAUGCUGGAUCUGAGGAAGACUCGGCGGCUUAUGAUCUUUCGUUUAACUUCAAAGCGAAAGAUCACAUUGCGUCUAUUCCUCACACAUGUGCUGAACUUUACUCCAAAAUCCCUUGCUGUACGGUGUACACCAUUCCGGAGCCGGAUGACUUAAUCGAGAGGGAGGCGUAUCAGUUGUUCACGGAGAGCGUGAUGGAGAUGCUCACACAAGAGAACUUGAUCAUCAAAAAUUACGACCGUCGGUCUCGGGGGCUUUUGAAAAAGCUCGAAGAUUAUCCCAGCAAGGUCGCAGCGCAGAUCACCGCGCUGAAUGAUCUGUCAAAGAAGGCUAGGAAAGCAAGAGAGCGGGAGACGGCUCCUCUGCGGUCUUCUCGAAGGCACGAGGUCAAUCAGAUCAUUGCGAAGUGCGAUGCUAAGCUUCUGAGGAUUAAGAAGUCGAUCUUGGACAACGAGGAGGCGAAUAGGCAUGGUGGCUUAAUGAACCAAACGAUGGCUAUCAAGGAUUACCUCGCUGGUUUUAAGAACCAAACGUUUGAUGGAUUUUAUUUAUGUAUAUCUAGGUCGUUUUAUUUGUCCGCGACUCUGAGGUCGGCUUAUGACGGGAUUCUUUACGUGGCUAAGUGUGCGAGAAUGACUCGGCUUAGGAUACUUAGGCGCUUAGAAUCAGUUGCGGGUCUGGCCUCGGCUUACAGGUCGCUAGUGGAAGUUUAA